AUGAUAGAACGACGAUUUGCAUUGGAGAAGAACAUCCGUCAGCGACCUGCUGCUUUUGCCUCAGCACAUCCACCUAUUCUGCUGCUUUUAUUGCUACGAGUACUAUUGCUCACCUACCGUACUGUCGAAUGUGGUCCUACCGAUAGGGUCGUGCUCGGGGAGAGUGUGGAUUUGAUAGUUUCACAUGGACGACAGACGGAACAACGAUUGUUUGGCUCAUUUUCACCUGCAGGACUUAAUUAUGAGGUACAAGGAGAUGUUGUUCAGGUAAGGGAAAUCAUUUUCAGCAAUUACCCAAAUCCUCCCACAUUGUUUCAACUGUUUCAGAAAUGGAAAAUCUAA